GGAAAAGAUUGUUCCAAUGAUAAUCCCUCCCCCAAGGGAUAAGAAAGUUGAAAAUCCCGUGAAAGGGCUAUGAUGUUGUCAUCAAGUGCUAGGACCCAAAAUGAAAACAUCCUGCGGCUGCAGGCCAUCCAGGGAAAGAUCUGUGAAAAUACUGCUUGCUGAGGGACACAGCCAGGGUCGGCAGAGCGCGGCCUGUGCAUGAUUCCAAUCAAUCCGGACCUGGGCCGUGCAGGAAACGAUGUCUAAUAACUUCAACCGGAGCGGUGUGGAUGGAUCUGACUUGAGAGGCAAUGCAAACCAGAUCGCUUAGGAAAUUCCACGCCGCUCUCUUUGUAGCAAGAACCCCUCUUCUGAUGGAAUGUGUGCUAACAUUUCCCCUCAGCUCCCUGGUCUCCCACACAGCUGCCCUUCACAGAGUCACGCCACAACACCAGCGAAGCAGGGCACUGGAGAGGGAGGAGAAGAAAAAGGAAGACGCCGCCACUAAUGGCUGCUCCCAGCUGCACAGAGUCUAACAUACACAAACAUGUCAGGAGAGGCUGGGCCAAAGGAGGCAGCACACACAGGAAUGGUGAUGGAGAGACAGCAAUUUGGUGGACACCAGGAAUACGUAGCCUCAAGUGGGACCAAAAGGGGAAAAAAACAGAUAAUAAGCUGGAGGGAAAUCGAUCUACGAUGACAAAUGUGCGAGCAAGGGGAGGAGAUGAGGAUAGGGUUAGAAAAAUACAGUGAGAGAGAGUUAAAGCAGGAGGAAAGAGGUGAUGAGGGAGGAGAAGAAGCAGAGAAGAUGAUACUUUAGAAGCCUCGAGGUGAUGGAUUGUCUGCGCACCUUGGUGAGGCCAUCCAUCAGGUGACCUUGGACAGGACCUGCUUUCAUAGAUGGAUUAGAUAAAGUUGGCUGUUCUUCUCUUCAGUACCAAAAUCCCCUCAACAAGACAUUUAGGCAGAAGCCAAAACAGGCUCCACCAAACUAAAACACUGGCAAACUGUGAGAAAAAGUCAAACAAACAAAGUGAAGGACCACAUUAUAACUCCAUUCAAGAUGACGCCUUCCCUUAUUGCCUUUUGGUAUUAAUCACAACUAUCCUUAAAUAGUCAACUGUGGCUUCGUGGAAAAACUGAGGCUGUGUCUGGCUUUCAUAUAGAAAAAGUAACACAGGAUCCCCUAAAUAGUUGAAGCGUUUCAAUGUCUUUGGAAUGACCUUUGCAGAGUGAACUGUUAUUCCUCACAUGCACCUAACAGCAGGAAGCGGCCAUAUGCACAGCUCCCUUUAUGUCACAGUGGAGUUACGAUCUUCAAGAUAAAGAGCAGAUCUUUGUGCUGAAAGAAAAAUAAUCUGUAGGCUGGAGAUUUGGAGACAGACGGAGAGAAUGCUUUGGUGACCAAAAAUAGCGGAGGAGGAAGAGCAACGUCUGGGAAAAGAAAAAGGAGUAUUAGAGAGAUGCAAAUAGAGAAGACUGGGCUGUUUCUCUGCUUUCUUGGCCAAGAAGAGCUACAAAAUUGUGCAAUUUUUGUGGCGGUUGUCCAGUGGAACUCAUCUGGGGAGCAUUGCCUAGAGGGAGGUUCAGUUAGACAGUUAGGGAAUAAUACUCAGUGAAGACAAAAGCCAGAGCAGUUACUUUUUGGCAAAUUUCAGCUGACUACAUGAAAACACUUGGAAGGAUUUGUGCUCAACGCAGAGCCAUGACUGUUAGCAGCCAACUGAAAAACUAAACCAUCUUUUUCUAAAGUUUCUGUGCACACCAGUGAGGACUACAACGUAAUAAAGGGACCGUUUUAUGUUAACACAAAGGAGCCAACUGGGACCAAAACUCACAUUUUGAGGACUUUUGGCUGUUGAAGAGUUACUUAUACUUGGAGUAACCAUGGAGAUGGAGAAGGGACACAUGUCUCUGCGUAGGGGAGUGAGCUGGAGCUCGGGAGGACUGACGAAGCCUCUCCAGGCAGCUCAGGACACCACUGGGAGGGAGUGCAGUGCAUCACAGGAAACGACAGGAUUCAAUAUGGACCAGAUGAGCAGCAAAACAAAUUUAACCAGGAGUGUCAGCUUGUCCGAAAAGGAACUAAAAGAGGCUCGCCUAAGGAGUCACAUCAUUGCCGCUCAGCUCACAGUCCCUUCCAACUCCAGCUCCAGAGGUGUGCAACUCUUCAACCGGCGCAAGCAGAGAGUCACCGCCUUUACACUGGAAAGCAGUGGAGAAGUGUCAAAGGAGGACAUCGCCAGGAAUGUGAUACCCAGCCCUUCAUGCAACAAACUGACGUGGGCAGAGAGGAGUUGUGAGGAGAAGGCUAAAGACUUGGACUACAAGAAUUGCACUGCCACCAAGCCGCUACUAGUGCCUACUGGGAGGUUACCAGCUGCGGGUGAUAACAUGGAGGAAUCAGGUGACCAUUAUCAAAAAGAAGAUGACACUGAGCACACUGUUAUACAAGAGAGACAUUUCCUGCCUGUAAAAGAGGUGGAGGAGCAAGAAGAGGAGGAAGGGGAAGACAAAGUCAAGGAUGAGCUCCCCCCUGGAAGAGAAAAUACUAAUCCAAUUGUGAUGAGUCUUGUUGAGAGUGGGGCAGAGAUGAAUGGAGGUCAUACCACGCCACCUCCCCUCGGAAAGCUUCCUAAUGGCUGCCAUAGUACUGAUGGACCUCAGAGGAUCUCUGUGUCUACAUCGAAGCAGAACACCAUCAUCAAUCGCACUGCCAGGCCUUUUUUCUCACCACUGACUGUGCAGUCCCAAGAGCCGGCCUGUCCCGUCAUGGACAACCUCCCUGCUCCUUCUGCAUUCACUGCUCCCCAGCCAGUGGCAGUGGCAGUGUCGCCUCCGCCUCCUCCUCCGACGUAUCCCACACCUCCCCUACCAGCCUUCACAAUCAAGCCUCCAAAGACUGAAUGCUCCACUCCACCCGUCAUCUCUAGUACUCCCCCUCCUGCAUCCCACUUGCCUGUAUCUACUGUAUUUCAGACCACUGCUUCGACCCCAGUGCUGCAUUAUGGACCUCCCACAGCCCCAAAACCCUCCACUUUUGUUCCCCAGCCCUUUGUGGAAAGAAGGUCUACACCGCCAAUAAAAACAGGACUACUUGAGGAUAGUGCUGCCAGACGAGCAAGUAAAAAAUCAAUGUUCACAUUCAAAGAGAAGCCGGUUGUAGCGCCAAACCCUGAGCUUCUCUCUCUAGUGCAGGGGGUGGAUGAAAGGAAGAAACAUGGACAUAGAUCUGUGCCUGAGCCAGCAUCUGAGGAGGAGUUACUGGCCCUCGGUGCAGAGGCAUCCAACUUCCUUGCUAAAGUGGAAGACAGGGCUGAAGAAGCCAAAGCUCCCGAAUGGACCUCCUGCCUUAAGAGCUCCAGAACCUAUGCGAGGGUCGAGCAUAAACCAGAACAGACCCUUAAUGACGCAUCAGGAAAGGGUGCAGAGCUGUUUGCCAAACGUCGAUCCAGAAUGGAGAACUAUGUCGUUGAGAAUCAGAAUGCAGGUCACCAUAUAAGAGCUCCUUCUCCAACAAUGUCUCUGCCACCUUCUUGGGUUUACCCAUCAAAUAUGCCAGGUAGGGUGAAGGCUAUUGCGAAAAACUCAGACAUGUGCGCUCAACUUGCACACAACAUAAAAACCCAACAAACCGCCAAGCCAAAACCAAGACAAACAGCACCGGCAACAGUGCAGGUUCAAGAGACGCCGCCUCUCGAGAAUGGUUGCUCCAAGAUAGAGUUGGACUUGUCAAGGCACCGGCCCUACCAGCUUAACUCUUCCCUCUUCAUACUUAAGCCUAUCAAAGACCCGUUGAGUACCCUACCCAGAGGAGCACCACAGUCCAGGAACCAGAUGUCCCCCCAGUCUUUCUCUAGACAGACUUCCUUACCCAACAACCCUGUCUCUCACUUCAGCAUCCCGUGUAAAUCCCCCUUGAUGCCUCUCAGCCACACCACAGGAGCGGAGUAUCCAGCAUCAAGUCCAUCUUGUGGGCAGCCACCAGCUGCUUUUUCUCCCGCCCGUGUGUCAUCACCUCGGAUGGGGGUUCAGGCACCGAGGCCAAGAUUUUCUGCCAAAAAGGCAGGGAUUGAACCACAGAAACCAAAGGAGACCUACACGGUUCAACCCCCUGGUGACACCAAGCUGGGCCUCACCAAGAAGUCCAUCAGCACAGACGGUCCAACAUGGAUGUCCAGCCUUCAAACCAACCGCCCCUCCUCAACCAACCCCAUCCGAUCAGUCACCUCCCCUGUUUUGUUUUCCAAUAGUAGAUGCCAAUCUCCUCUGAGUAGCCAAAAUAUCCAGCUUUCCACUGUUUCAUCAGUUUCCAGACCACCAAAGACAUCCACAUCUCCAUGCUCCCCCCCUUGGGGUUCAAGGUGCCACUCCCCGAUGGUUGGCCAGAAUGCCCAAUGUUCCAUCAGUUCCACUGCUCAUGAUAACAAACCCCAAACAUCCAAUUCUUCCCGAUCGCUUCCAUGGGGUUCAAGAUGCCAGUCCCCGGGAGUCAACCUGCAAUCUUCAAAUGCACCACACAUUUCAUCAAAAGCAUCUACAAACACCUCAGCGCUCUCUCCACCUUGGGGGUCUAGAUGCCAGUCCCCUAUGGUGAGCAUGAGUAGCCAGUCCUCCACCCUCUCCUCAGUUUCUUCUUCCAGACCUUUUCACACAUCUGCAACUGCAUCGCAGCGCUCUCCUCCUUGGAGUCCAAGGUGUCAGUCACCAAUGGUAAUCCAGCCUUCCAGUGGAUCCUCUUCCAGACCUUCCAAACCACUUACAACCAACUCUCCUGUCUCUCCACCUUGGGGCUCACGUUCCCAAUCGCCUGCACUUUCUCAUAGUAGUUUGCCCUUUCCUUCUGCUCAUCGUCUGUCCAUAUCCUCUGCAUCCUCUCCUGUCCCUUUACCCAAGGACAGUCGCUGUAUGUCUCCAGUCAGUAAUAAUCUAGACUCUAAGGCCAAUCAUCGAAUGUUGGCAAAGAACAUCAUCAAUGCCGCCAAACGCAAAAACAGCCCGUCUCCAGGUGCACUGAGCGGUCACAGUCUACCCAUCUCGCCUGUGGGAUUUUCCCACCAUGGCUAUGAUUGCAAACCUCCAAUCAGCCCCUUUCAGUCACAACCACUGGGGGCCCAAUCACCAACCUUCACCAGUCCUCCGCCAACACCAACACAGCGGAUUUGCUCCCCUGUGAGGCUCUACAACACACGCUCCCUCACUGACUCUGACGCCUCCAUUGAGUCAGAGGACUCGGGCCUGAGGUCACCUGGCAUGCAUUCUUACAACACUUGCCCUCGCGGCUGGGGGGGCAGUUUGAGGGUGAAGAAAAGCACCAUCUCCACUGACCUGUGAGGUCGGGACAUUUGCUUCCAUAAACUUCACUGGCAUUAGACUUUUUAUAAAUACAUAUAAUUUCUGGCACUAUUACGGACACACAUUUUGCACCAUUUUGUUUCAUAAAGAAAUGCGUAUUGUAUCUUGUGCUCUUACAAUGACAAGAACAAGCUUUUUACAUCCAGUUGUUGUAGCUUGUACGCUGCCGGUAUGCCAAAAGGGCACAUUCAAAAUAACCAAAGAUUUUCUUUAAUUCACUUUAAAUGUCUUACUUUACAGGCUCACAACAUGCAUACCGAGGCUAUCCUAGCUCAUUAGCAUUGAUAGAUUAGUUUUGAAUGUUAUUGUCAUUGUUUACUGGUCUGACAAGAGUUGAAAAGCAAAGACUUUUAUAUUUCAAGACACAACGAAUGCUUGAAAUGGUGAAUGUGUAAUUCAAACCAUUAAAAUGUGCAGUACUUUGGUUUAUACUUUCUUAUUUUACUGUUCACCACAUACUGGAGACCGUUCAUUUUCAUUCUACGGCAAUUGUUAAUCACUAUCACACAUGGCUGAAGAGUUCAUUGCAGAUUGCUAUUCUAAUUCAUGGAAAAUUGUAAUACAAAGUGCAACAAUCAGUGUAACAUGUGUGUGUAUAUGUGUUUCUUUAUAUACUGCCUUUGUUGAAAUGAAUGUAAUCCUUACAGAGACGCAGGACAUAAGAAAUGGAGUACUGGGAGUUGAAAAGGGAUGUGGCGUGUCAUCGAUACACCCAUUUAAUUAAACGCUGUCCCUAUUGUUGCAAUGCAGAGGUCUUAUAUGAUUUCCCAGAUUUCCAAAUGCUGUGGCUGGACCAUUUAAUGAGUACAUGUCUGUUAGCAUGCAAAUGUAAGAGUAAGACUACCUUAGUAUUCAUAAUGGAUGAGCAUUGGACUACAUUAGCUUCACUUUGGGGGAAAAAAAUGAUCAAUUAAUUGGUUAACUUCUAGAUAUUAUUUUUAACGGACUGGGAAAAUCGCAGGUCAACGCUUAUUGAUGCUAUUUUUGGACUGACUCGAAUAAUGCCGCCUGGAGUUGUGCCUGAGGGGAUGCAGUACAACGGCUUAUACGGUCGUCCCUCGCCACAUUGCACUUCGAAUUUUGUGGCCGCAAUGUAUUAAGUAAUAACAUCGCUGUUUCGUGGUUGGCUACGAACUAUUAUUAGUCAAAAAAAUAUGCACGUGUAAGCAAAUUUGAUCAAAUUACAAAUAAUUACAAAAUUAAGCAUUUUCAAGCAUAAAAAUGGCUAAAUGAACUAAAAUGCAAAUAUAAGACAUUCAGAAAACAAACAGAGACACGUUGGUAAGUAGUACUCUGCACAGGUCACAAGGUGUCAGUAAUGUUUCGUAAGCAACCGCAAGUCCCAAUAGUAAAAAAAAGUAAAAAAAAAAAAAAAACUACAACAACAAGGAACUAUUAAUUAUUUAGUCUAUAUUUUGUCUUAUUUUCUAUUAUCAUGUCUACUUUAUUGGGCAAUACGAGUGUAAAGGUGAUUAUGUGAUGUUAUUUUAUGUCUAGAGGGCUCUAAUAAUGUUUAAAACUGUAUUUAGAAGGCUGUAAAAAGGUCUUCGGUUGUCUAACUACAAAAAUAUUCAAUUUAUAAAUAAGGCAAGGCGAGUUUAUUUGUAGAGCACAAUGCACACACAAGGUCAUUCAAAGUGCUUCACAGAAAAGAAGGUUAAAAGCACUUCAUAAAAUCAUUCCAUAAAAGCAUAAAAUCAUUCUAAAAUCAUUACAUAAAGUUCCAUAAAUGAUUCCAUAAAACAAAAAAGAUUAAGAAUGAGGAAUUCAGAUAAAAUACUUUCAUAUUUGAGUUUAGUCCUGGCUCUGGGCACUCGCAGGAGACCCCCCCCCCGAGCUUCUCAGAGCCCGAGAUGGUUUAAAUGGCUCUAACAUGUCAGAGGUGUACUUUGGUGCAAGACCAUGAAAAGACUUGUACACAAGCAGAGCUGUUUUAAAGUCUAUUCUGUGAGUGACAGGAAGCCAGUGCAGAGACCUGAGUACUGGACCAAUAUGGCUAAAAUGCUCGUAUUCCCUGGUUCUAGUCAGGACUGGAGCAGCAGCAUUCUGGAUGUACUGCAGCUGUUUUACUGCAGGUUUAGAGAGCUCGGUGAGAAGGCUGUUACAGUAGUCUAGCCUGCUGGAGACAAAGGCAUGGAUUAGUCUUUCUAAAUCUGGCUUCGACACUAUUCCCUUGAUUUUGGCUUUGUUUUUUUAGGUGGUAAAAAGCUGACGAUGUUAUUGGUUUAAUGCGGCGGUUAAAAUUCAGAUCCGGGUCCAUUAAUGCCCCGAGGAAACCUACCUUCACUUAUCACAGGUCGGGUCUGGAACCAAUUAAACAUGAUAAACAUGGGAUGACUGUAUCUGAUGUCCUGUUCUUCUUCAGACCACAACCAGCACCUCUGCUGGCGGUUGCCAAGUAGUGCACUACAUUUUGCUUCACGAUGACAGUCGAUUCCACAAAACCAACCAAAUAAGUUAAAAGGGAAUUUUGAUUGAUUGAUUGAUGUCGGUGACAAACUUUAAUGUGGGUUUUGAAAAAACGUACUAACACAUAUUAAUCCUAUGAGUUCAUUGAUAAAGACUCAUCAAAUAAAAUAGUAGCACAUUCCCUUUAAAUUCAGCUUCUUUUUCUAAGCAGCUUGACUUGCGCCUCCUGUGAUUUCAUUCCAGUUGAGAACGCUCCAGUUUCUGUUGUGAUUGUCUGAAAAUAGCACCGAUUACGGCACGAUCCAGCUCACUGACAAAAUGGAUGUAAUUGGUCGAAAACCUGGCCGCCUUCUGUUUUCAGCGUCCACAUCCUGAAAGCUAUCUUUACACCAUCUCCACCCAUCUUGCCCAGUCGAGUGUCAGCAAACACAGCGGAUCGCAGACCCGAGCGUCGUUUGAGAGGCAAGGACACCUGCUUGGUGCUGACCUUCGGCAGGAUUAAACCCAUCACUGUCACGGAUUGGUUUCAGCAGGACAGGCAAAACGCUGCUGCCACCUCUAAGACGGAAAGGGGGAGACUAUUGCAAGUUGGGCUUUUCUUU